AACCAUCAAUUUGCUUUCUAUUUCUAUGGAUUUAACUAUUCUGGAUAUUUCAUAGAAAUAGAAUCACAUAAUGGAUGACCUUUUCUGUUUGGCUUCUUUCUAUUAGCCUAAUGUUUUUGAGGUUCAUACAUGCUGAAUGAAGGUUCAUACAACCUCCUGGUGAAGCAUGUAUGUAUCAGUUCUUCAUUCCUUUUUUUGAAUGAAUAAUGUUCCAUAAUUUAUUUAUCCAUUCAUCUCUUGAUGAAUAUUUGAGUUGUGCCCAGCUCUUGGCUAUCGUGAAUAGUGCUGCCAUGUACAUUCGUAUGUAAGUAUUUGAGGAUCUGUUGGUUGUAUACCUAUGAAUGGAACUGCUGGGUCUUCUGAUAAUUCUGUAUUUAACUUUUUGAGAAACUGCCAACCUUUUCACAGCGGUUGCGCCGUUUCGCAUUCCCACCAGCAAUCUACAAGGAUUCUAAUUUCUCCACAUCCUGCAUUUAAGACUUGUAAAGCUGAAUUAAUCACAGGAUGAGGAAGUGGCCUCUCUGAAACAUUUUCCUCUUUCACAUUUUAAACUUUCUCUUUCAUACACGACAUGAAACACAGCCUACGCACGAAAGUGACUAGGAGGAAGGCCAUUAUAAAGUGAUGCAAACAGAAAUUCCACCAACCUCCACGUAUCAUCAUGUGUCAUAACUCAGCCAAGCUCAGUGAGCAUUCUCGUCACAUUGCCUCAACAGCUUCAAGGUGAGCCAGCUCAAGACUUUGCUCUCCACCAGGCAGAAGAUGACAGACUGUGAAUUUGGAUAUAUUUACAGGCUAGCUCAGGACUAUUUGCAGUACGUCCUGCAGAUACCACAACCUGGAUCGGGUCCAAGCAAAACGUCCAGAGUGCUACAAAAGGUUGCAUCCUCAGUCCAAAAAGAAGUGGAAAAGAAUCUGAAGCCAUGCUUGGACAAUGUUAAUGUUGCAUCCAUAGACACUGCCAGAACACUAUUCAAUCAAGUGAUGGAAAAGGAGUUUGAAGAUGGCAUCAUUAACUGGGGAAGAAUUGUAACCAUAUUUGCAUUUGAAGGUAUUCUCAUCAAGAAACUUCUACGACAGCGAAUUGCCCCGGAUGUGGAUACUUAUAAGGAGAUUUCGUAUUUUGUUGCUGAGUUCAUAACGAAUAACACAGGAGAAUGGAUAAGGCAAAACGGAGGCUGGGAAAAUGGCUUUGUAAAGAAGUUUGAACCUAAAUCUGGCUGGAUGACUUUUCUAGAAGUUACAGGAAAGAUCUGUGAAAUGCUAUCUCUCCUGAAGCAAUACUGUUGACCAGAAAGGACACUCCAUAUUGUGAAACCGGCCUAAUUUUCUUACCUCUCAUCAAAACGAUUGCCAACACAUACUUCUAGUUUUAAACAAACAGCUGUGAUGAUGUCACCUGACUUUCCAUAGUUAUGGAAAUUUUUCCCCAUUUAAUGAAUAAAUUGUAUGUAUUUUUCUC